UACCCACUCUGAUAUAACGGAUAGAUCUCGCGCCGAUUCGACAAUGUCGACGAGCAGACGGCCGCGAGCAGCAGAUCCUCGCUCUCAGCCGCAUCCGCAUCUGCAUCCUCAUCCUCAGCGCUCUGUGCCUCCUUCUUUGUCUGUGCCAGCGUCCGUCCCUCUACACAGGCUAGACGCACCAUUGCCAGCAACUCCGCCCGGCCAAUCGCUCUCACAUCAUCAUCAUGCUUCUUCUUCCCCUCUGAGAUCAUCUCCGCCGUCCCAACCAUCCCAAUUGCGGCCCGAAUCGUGGCAGAGCGUCACACAAGACUCGGUCUUGGACAACCUGCUGUCGUCGUUUGAUCGUAUGCCAGGGUCCGCUGCAGGUCCCGGUUUCAGUCCUUUGAACAUGCCUGACAUCAACAGCGACGACUUUGACCGCAGUAGCACCUCCUUCACCCCGCCGAGAGCCUUCCAGCGCCUGCAACAACGCGUCAGAGGUCACACAUACUCCUCAUCGCUGUCGCACGACUCGGAUGCAAACAGCAACGAUUCCCAGCUCACCGCCCGCAUCCGCACCAACAGCAACUCCGACUCUCGCCCUUCGACUGUUCAGAGCGUCGACUACGGCUACGGUCAGGUUCUCGGCACCACUCGCAUCGGCACCUUCGACAAGGGCGACCCACGCACCCAAGGCACUCCCGAGGUUGUGUCCAACGGCAUCCUCGACCGCGGUCGUCCCAUCCCGAGCAUGUUUAGCACAUACGAAGUCCAUUGCCCCGAGCCAAGAGUCCCAGGUGGACCAUCAAAGUCAAACACAGCAAAAGAGCAGGCCUCUACAAACAACUCAGACAUUCCGCAGAGCAUACGGGAUCAAGCACUGGAGUUUGUGCGACAGUCCAACAUGCGUGCCCAAUCACCCUCAAUGCUCGACCACCCUCCUACCAAUUCCUCUGCAUCCAUAAACUCAUCCCUCUCCAAGCAGCCCUCCGCCCACGACGCUCCAAAGGAACGACCAGGCUUCUUCCGACGAGUCUUUGGCUCGGCCACACGCACCAAUUCCUUCCCAGACCAGCAGCGUCCCAACCUCAGAGAUGGCUCGGUCCAGAGCACAGAGAGUGCUUCAUCUUCUGUUCCCACCAAGACGAAUUCCAACUCCACGGAUCCUCCUCAGAAUGUCGUUACGAAAAAGGCUUCCUUUUUUAGACGCCGGAAGAAGUCCAUCACCGAGAUACCUCCUCCUUUGCCUUUACCCAACCCGCUCGUGUCCGCCUCUCAUCUCAAAGAUCACUCUCCACCUGUAAGUCCAGGUGCAAGCAGUCUCCGAAUGGUCAUGGAUCAAUACCUUGGCGGUUCUGCUAGUCAGUUGAACAAAACUGACUCUGACUAUAACAAGCCCGUGGAUACUCCAGUCAGCCAACUCACUCGAUCCAGUGUGCUCAGCCAUGACACUGAUGAGUCCUCUGAACUCGACAUGUUCCACUCAGGAUAUACCCCACCGCCGGACGCUUCCAUAAGAAGAGUAGGAGUAGAGCCUCUGGAGCCUCGAGCAGGAAGCACCAAAUCUGUGACCCCUCAUGUGCAGCAACAAGCCUUCAAGAGCCCGAAGAUAGACGAUAUGGAACGUAAUUUCGGUGGUGUGAAUGAGCGUCUACAAGUUGCUACAGGCCACGCGCGCCCUGAUCUGGUACAGAGCAACUCGUUCUUGGCCGACAACAGUGAUGCAGACGAUGGAAGUCGAGCUCCUUCAAUCAUUUCCGCUGUCAGUGAUACCUAUCUUGGGGCUGCUGGUGCAUUCAGUCCUGUCUCGCCCAUGGCCAAUUCACCUAUGAUCACCCCUAGCGAGAGAUUUGUCACGUCCCCAACUUCGGACAUGGAACGGGAACCCAUCUCGCCUCGAUCGCACUUCUUUGACCACAAUCGGGAUAGUCUUGGCCUGCCCAUCGAAGGCAUCAGAGCUCCGCAAAGCUACGUUGUGUCAAAUGAUGACAGUGAUCUUCCUUCGUUCCAGGUUGAUGGCCAUACAAUCCGUCCCUCGGUCGAAGUCGCUCGAGGCAUGCUUGGUACCAUCGAUGAGCCGACCGCCGACGAGAGAGAACGCGCCCGGCAAAUCUAUCAGGGCGAGGAACAACAUAUGCUCAAGGAUGAGGCUGCUGCAUGGCUCGGCGAAAAGAACCCUGUCAGCGCCCGUACCCUUACCGCUUACAUGGAUCUCUUCGAUUUCGCGAAUCGUAACAUUCUUAGUGGUCUUCGCGCGCUCUGUGAUAGACUCAUAUUGAAGGGAGAGAGCCAGCAAGUUGACCGCAUCCUAGACGCAUUCUCCCGGAGAUGGGAUGAGUGUAACACACUGAACGGCUUCAAAGGGCCUGGUGUGGUACAUGCCAUCUGCUAUGCUCUUCUACUGCUCAAUACCGAUCAACACAUGGCCGAUAUUCAGCACAAAAUGACACGAUCCGAGUUCAUCAAGAACACCAUGCCCGCUGUGAAAGCAGCAGCCGAGAGCGCGACCAUCAGGCCGACUCGAUCACCUUCGAGACCUUCUUUACCAUGGUCAGAUACUACGCCCAAGUCGCCCGAUGAUGAUGAUCGAGGAUCUGUCGAUUUUAGACGUUCAACCAAACGGCUGUCUUUCAGACCAGGUAUGGGCAGAUACGAAACAGAUCCUGGCCCAGGUGAACACGGAGACUUUGGCUCGGCAAAUCACUUGGUCUCACGUCCCUUCGAUGGCCCCGAACACAAGUGGUUGCUUGAGGUUGAGUCAGUUCUCAAGGCUUUCUACAGCUCAAUUGUGUCUUUGGCUCUACCGCUUCAUGGCUCCCAAAAUUCACGAGAGAACCCCGGAACAUCGCAUGGUCCCGGGAAUCUCACCGUCGCCGGUAAUCUGCGAAGAACUGGUUCGGUUAUCUCAAAAGCACCUUCUGAAGGCUUCUCAUAUAGGAGCAAGAGGCAGAACAGCGGUGCCUUGUCAUCCCACUGGAAUGCGACAAAGAACCGAUCCAGACAGAAGGUCUACCCUGCUUCCACCGUUGGCUCCACUCGAACUUCAAUCGACGAUGGCCAAUCUGCUUGGAGUCCGUCUGCACAAAGCAGUAUGUGGAGCAAGAUCUCUAUGGGCAGAACCCAGACCACUAUGAGUGUCGAGAGUUUUGCAGUCCACCCCGACUUCAAGCAGAGCUUAGGAUUUACCAACGCACUGUCGCAAGCAAUCAUCCGUGAGGAGAGCGCAGGCGAUACUGAGUCCGUCAUGAAGAUUGGUACUGUGCUUGAGGAUGAAAGUCUGGAGUUGGCUGGUGCACCAUGGGCCAAAGAAGGCAUGGUCAAGCAUAAGCAUCACCUGGACGGUCCGGAGAAGAAGGCUAAGGAACGCAGCUGGAGUGAGACUUUCGCAGUCGUGGAGAAAGGAUACCUGCAUCUGUUCAACUUCAACCGGACUACUACCAAGAUCAACGACAUGCGCAGCGCCAAACGCCAACCUGUUAAGACAGGCAAAGCCGCCAGCGUUGCACCAUCAGUUGUUGGUGGUGGUAACUGGACCGAUAAUGCAGACGAAACCGACCAAUUCCUUCUAAGACAAUCUCUUGCAACUGUUCUGCCACACCCGGGCUAUAGUAAGACUCGUCCGCAUGUUUGGGCAUUGAGCUUGCCGACAGGUGCUGUUCAUUUGUUCCACGUCGGCACUGCAGAGAUUGCAGAGGAGUUUGUUUCUACCGUGAACUACUGGUCUGCGCGUUUGAGCAAAGAGCCUCUAGUGGGUGGUGUUGACAACAUCGAAUAUGGUUGGAGCGAUAAUAUCAUCAACCCUGCUCUGAUUGGCAACAGCAACGGAGAGCCCCUCACUAAGCCACCAUCGCGAGCUGCCGGAAAUCAUGGUCAUUCAGCGUCUGUCAACAGUCUUGGCAAGCAGAGUAUGCAAUCAUCUGUUCGCGGUUCAUUCGACCAGACCUUUGGAUCGAGAUCUAGAUUGCCGGGAGACCGUGCCCACAUUGCCGAUUGGAAGCCUCCUGCAGCAUCAAUGUUGCCAUCACAGUUGCUCGAGAUUGAUCAGCUUCGUAGUCUGAAAGCAUACGUCGCAUCAGUCGAGACCGAGUUGGAGCGUCACAACGAGCUGCGUAAUGCCGUAAAUCUGGCAUACACUAAUCGUUACGGCCAGAACUGGAACAAAGUCAUGGCCAACUGGGAGAAGAAGAGCGCCUACCUCCUACGCGAAGUCGUCAAGUUCAGAACAUACAUUGAAGCUCUUGACCGAGCCGGCCGCGAAAAAGAAAGAGUCUACGAGGAACGGCAAGUUCGCGAACAAGAACGAGCUGCUCUUGGCUCCAAGGAUGGCAAGAAGGAGAACGCUAAGGCGUGAUCUUGAGAAUCUUUCGUCCACAUUGCAUCAAGGCCUCCAACCUUGCCUUUUCCUUCUUUUUUCCCGUUCUUAUAUCUCCUUUGUCUCUCUAUCAUCGAGCGCAUGUGUUUAUGCUUUUUCUUUUCUGUUCAUCAUGCAUGUUUGUCACGUCGAGGAUACCCCCGCUUACUCAUUGUUUUGUUUUUCACUUCUUCUCUGCAUAAUCGUACACACACAACCCCGCCCCUUUUUUUUUCUUUUCUUCAAUCUUUAUUCUCAUGAGCGUGUAUUGUUACAGAGGUUCGGUUCCACAGAUAGAAAUGAAGAUCUC